AUGACCGCUUCCGAUCUGGAGACCUGGUUGCGGGAGAUUGUGAAUGGCGCGCAGAAACUGCUCACGUCAGCCUCUCAUCUCUCAAUCGCCUGUCGAUGGCGGGGCCUGGAGUCAAGACUGCUUCUCCACCAGGAUUACGGUCUGACCCUGGUACAGGCGGCUGGGGUGUCGGUAUCCGAGGCGCACACAAUAGACAACGGCACCACCAACUACUGGACUUUUAGUCAAAUGACCAAUCCUUCGCCGUCAACUGUCUUAUGGUCCUUCCCCUUUGAACGCCUACGCUCCACUGCGGAUGACGGCUGUUCGAUCCUCUGGCUAAAUUUCGGCAAAGACGGUGAACAGGAAAUCGAUCUUCCAGGCGGAGCCAAACCCGUUGUAUUCAUCCUCUUAAACAUGCUCUCCACAAAACUCCUGCGCCGAAAAGCCUGCACCUACCUAAACGUCGACAUUCCACCUUGA